AUGCUGCGUCAAAAUGUCCAAGAGUUUGAAAGCCACAAGAACAACUUUAUGCAAAUCACCUUCAACCAAAUUGAGGUGGAGAAGCAGGUAAAGGCCACUGAAAGUCUAUUAGCAACUUGCGCUGCUAAGCAGAAUAUUGUAGAGACUAUACGAGCCAGGUUGCGGGAUAAUGAAGUCUACGUCAAACAAACUGUAGAGACUUAUACAAGACAUUUGUAUGACAAGGCUUUAAAAAAGAAGCAGCAAGAUGUCGAUAACCAGAAACGUACAAGAAAGAAAUUGCAGAGUUGCGUAAAUCAAUUAAUCGAUUUGGAAAGGUACACCGGAAAGGAAGAAGAGGAAUUAAAGGGUCGGCUUAUCAAUUCCAAGAAGAGACGAAAAAUAUCCAAUUCACCAGAAAAAUUAAUAGCAGACUGUAAGAAACAAAUAGAAGAUCUCGAACGCUAUGCUACUGUAACCAGAGCUAUGAUAUCAGAAGUGGACAAAAAGAAGGAUCUUUGCAUGCAAAAGAUCUCCACAACUGUGAAUAAUUGUUUUGGAGAUGUGAUUUCUAAACUUGUCCCAGGUUGUUCAGGGAAGUUGACAAUGAUAAGAGAGGAGGACCGUGGUCCCGCUGAUAAUACAGAGGGGUGUCCCACAAAUUUCAUAGGUGUGAAAAUGGAGGUAUAAAGCUCCUUUUUCAUAAUAGGAAAUAAACAAACAUGUC